CCUUUUGUUAUUUCAUGGUUUCUACAUGAUUUAUAUAAAUGCCCGAAACAAAAAUACGAACUUAACAAUGGCACUCCAAGGCAAUACUAUCCUCUUCAGCUUGCUACUAGUUCUUGGCUGUGCAGUGACAAGUAGUAGAGCUAUCAAUCAAAGCCAUUUUGGUACUACAUGUGACACUGGUGUCCUGAAACGAAGCAGUUUUCCAGCCGGUUUCAUUUUCGGGGCAGCUUCAGCGGCCUACCAGUAUGAAGGUGCUGCAAAUGAAGAUGGUAGAGGACCAAGUAUAUGGGAUGCAUUCACUCACAAAUAUCCAGGUAGGAUAGCAGAUGGCAGCAAUGGUGAUGUGGCUACUGAUCAAUAUCAUCGUUACAAGGAAGAUGUUCAGAUUAUGAAGGAAAUGGGAUUUGAUGCUUACAGAUUCUCAAUCUCAUGGACUAGGUUGUUACCAAAUGGAAAGUUAAGUGGCGGUGUGAACAAAGAAGGAAUCAGAUAUUACAACAACCUUAUCAAAGAGCUUCAAGCCAAUGGUCUAAAGCCCUUUGUCACAAUUUUUCACUGGGAUGCUCCCCAAGCACUGCAGGAUGAAUAUGGUGGUUUUGUAAGCCCUCGAAUUGUGGAACAUUUUCGGGACUUUGCAGACUUAUGCUUUAGGGAAUUUGGUGACAAAGUUAAGCAUUGGAUCACGCUAAACGAGCCGUGGAGCUAUACUACUCAUGGUUAUGUGGAAGGAAAGUUUCCACCAAGUAGAAAAUCAGGGACUGAGCCAUAUUUGGUGGCACACAACCUACUUCUAUCUCAUGCAGCUGCUGUAAAGUUGUAUAGAGAAAAGUAUCAGGCAUCACAGAAGGGCAUAAUAGGAAUAACGUUAAUAUCACAUUGGUUUGUGCCAUUUUCUAACUCAAAGCAGGACAAAGAUGCCGCACAAAGAGCAUUGGAGUUUAUGUUUGGAUGGUUUAUGGAUCCCGUGAUGCAUGGUCACUAUCCGCAUAGUAUGCGAUCUCUCGUCCAAAAUCGAUUACCCAAGUUCACCAAAGAACAAUCCAAGAUGCUAAAAGGUUCAUUUGAUUUUCUUGGAGUAAAUUACUACACAGCAUAUUAUGCAGCCAAUGCACCUCCUCCUAAUGCCAGAAACCCAAACUACACGACGGACUAUCGUGCCAAUCUCUUAACUAAGCGUAAUGGGGUUCCAAUUGGUCCAGAGACUCCUUCAGAUUGGCUUCAUGUUUAUCCAAGAGGAAUUCGAGAGCUAUUGCUUUACAUCAAGAGAACGUAUAAGGAUCCACUAAUUUACAUCACUGAAAAUGGAAUUGAUGAGUCGAACGAUCCCAAAUUACCACUUAAGGAUGCUCUAGUUGAUAAUCAAAGAAUUGACUAUUAUGAUCGUCAUUUUGAUUAUCUUCAUACUGCGAUAUUCAAGGAUGGCGUUAAUGUGAAGGGAUUUUUUGCAUGGUCAUUGUUUGACAACUUUGAGUGGGAGUUGGGUUAUACUGUAAGGUUUGGCAUCAACUAUGUGGAUUUCAAAGAUGGGAUGAAAAGAUAUUCCAAACUCUCAGCUUGCUGGUUCAAGAAUUUUCUUAAAAAAUAAAGUCAUUUGAAGUGGAUGAAUUGCAUUUUUUUUCCUUCCUAGCACGUCAUAAGUCAAAAGGAAAUGCACAUGGUGAAAAUGUGAAUUUCUAGGGGAUUAUAUCCAUCAUGUGUUGGGUAAUAAUCAACAAUCAAUGACAAAUGUAUAUAUAUAACAAAUGUAUAUAUAGAAAUAAAUAAAAGAUGUACCUGUGCUUUGCUGCGAAGUUUGAAACAUUGUCGAAG